UUGCAACACCACCAUAUUCUGAUGCUUGCAUGCCAAUUCUUUUAGCGCCUGGAGAAGAGAAAGAUCAUAGUUUUUAUUUUUCCCUGAAUUAAAACCUGCAGUUGUAUACAAGAAACAGCUAAGCAGAAGACCUUAGGAUGGGCGUGGUGUAAACCCAUAAUUGUGCUUCCUGUGAUGAGCACAAGCAUUUGAAGCAAGCGUUUGAGUAGGUUGGAAGCAGAAGCUGCAGCUCCCAAAGAGAUGGCAAAGUCAGUUGAUUUCUCCGUAUUCAGUGUCCUGGUGACGGGAUCCGAUCGGGGGAUUGGUCUUGGCCUGGUGAAGAGGUUUCUGGAGCUGCCCUGUCCACCCAAGUGGAUCUUUGCUACCACCCUUGAUCUGAAUGGAAAAGAAGGCAAGGCGCUAAAAGAAUUGGCACGCAAGCAUCAGAAUAUGGUGGUGUUGCAAUUAGAUGUCACUAAUCUUGAAAGCAUCCAGGCGUCUGUGAAAGAAGUACAGAAGUGUGUUGGAGAAGAUGGGCUGACCAUCCUUUAUAACAAUGCUGGCCUUCUAUUGGGCAACAAUCUAGAAAAGGAAAAUGCCAAGGAUAUGAUGGGGGUGUAUUCCGUCAAUACUAUUGGGCCCCUGCAAAUGAGUCAGGCCUUUCUGCCCCUGCUGAAGAAGGCAGCCCAGAGAAGUCCACGGCAAGGGCUGAGCUGCAGCAAGGCCGCCAUUAUCAAUAUGUCCAGCAUCUCAGGCUCAAUCGAACUUAUGUUUCUUUGGGAGACAUUUAAAUUCAUUGCCUACCGCUGCAGUAAGACUGCUUUAAACAUGCUCACCAAAUGCCAGUCGCUUGGGUAUUCAGCUUCUGGAAUUCUGUGUGUAUCCAUCCAUCCAGGCGUGGUGAAAACAUCUAACAGGGAGGCAGACAUAACUGUGGAAGAGAGCACACAAGGUAUCAUGACUGUGCUGUCCAUGCUUUCUGAGGAGGACAAUGGGGCCUUUGUGGAUUGGUUGGGCCGGCGGAUUUCUUGGUGAACAAACUUGUUCCUAAUGCCAUGGCUACAAUACAUUCCCAAGUGAUGAGUCCUCAAUAAACCGCUGAGCAUCAUGA